UGUUAGAUGUAUAUGUAACAUAGUUCUUACUUUUUGUUUACGUUUAUCAAUCAUAAAAUAUCAAAAAAAUUUUAAAUAUUAGUGUACAAUUCAAAGUGCACCACAUUAAUAAAAUAGUGAAUUUUAAUUAGGAAAUUAAAAGUUUUGUAAUAAAUUUGAAUAAUUAAAUGUCUGGGCACUCAAGAUUGAUGUUACGAAAUACCUAGUAAAAGUGGACUUUGAAAUUUAAGACGUGAUAAAAAAUUAGUAGUGAUUAAUUUUAGCUUGAAUUUAGAAAAAACGAAAGAGUGUUUUUUAAAAUGUCAAAAAACAAAUCUAAUAAAACAAAUGCGGAAGUAGCUCAUAGGGGGGUUUAUUCCACUUUAAAAACUUUAGUGCAUCUUAUAGCCUUUGUACAAUUCAGUUAUGCAAUAUAUUACGAUUAUACAUACGUUCACGCUAAACAGCUGGAACAUCAACACAAAUUGCCAGCGGCCAAGCCUUUUGGUGGAAAAUUUAAAUUUCUAACUUUCAUUGAUGCGGUAUUGCAAGCUGUCUAUUUUGCAAUAUGUCUUGUAAACGAUUUUUUUGGAUCUAAUGAAGUAUCUGCUAAUAACCUUCCCCUGAUCAGGAAAUUAAAGGACUUUUUGCUUGCUUCUUUAGCUUUUCCAAUAGCAAUGAAUGUGGGAAUAACAUUCUGGACUUUAAUGGCUAUUGACCGCGAAUUAGUAUUUCCAAAAGCGUUAGAUCUUAUUUUUCCAUGGUGGCUUAACCAUAUUAUGCACACAAAUAUUAUGAUAUUUAUAUCAUUAGAAAUGUUUACUACAUUCCGAGUUUAUCCUAACCGUAGGACAGGACUUGGAGUUUUAUCAACCUUUAUGAUUUUGUAUUUGAUAUGGAUACAUAUUAUACGUUAUAUUGGUGGAUUUUGGGUUUACCCAAUUUUAGACGUUUUGAAUAUUUACACCCGUAUUAUUUUCUUUUUGAUUAUAUUAGCUUUCACCAUAGUAUUAUAUUUGUUCGGAGAACUUGUAAAUAACUUAAUUUGGACGAGGGAACUUAAACUGAUUUCACGUAAAACUAAAUAGAAAUUUGCGUUUUUCUUUAAUUUAAUUUUUUCAUAUUAAUGAAAAUUGGAUUAUAAGAAUUUUGAUGAAAAUAAAUGUUACGUUAGAAUCAAAAUUUUUUUUAUGUUCAGUAUAAGUAGGUUACUUGCAAUACAAUCAGAAAUGUUUUGUUUAAAUUUAAAUCAUGACAAAAUACCCAC